AUGAAGAUUGGCCCGUUGGAGGUUCAAGAAAUUAAGAACGCAAAAUUGAUGUCGAUCGAGUCAGCCCAAGGUGAAGUAUUUUCAGCUGACAUCUGUAACUUAAGUGGUGGCAAACCUGUUGGAAUGAAAGGUCGCUUGAGGACGUUGACCCCUUUCUUAGAUGAAAGUGACAUCCUCCGAGUUGGCGGGAGGAUCGACCGUCCAGCAGUGUGUUAUGAUGUCAAACACCCAAUAAUUAUUCCUCAAGAUCAUCAGCUGUGUUGUCUUGUGAUCAUUGAUUGCCACAAGAAGCUUAACCAUGAAGGCACAGAGCACGUACCGAAUGAGUUCAGAUUGUUGUAUUGGAUACCACAUUCUAGGUCUACUGUGAGAAAGGUCCUUAACAACUGCUCAUUAUGCAAGAGAAGAACAAUCAAGCCACAACCUCCUCUGAUGGCAAGCCUCCCGAAAGAUCGGUUACAAGUGGCUGCACCCUUUUCUAAGAUUGGUGUAGAUUAUUUUGGGCCAACCAUGGUCAAGUACUCGCGUAAGCAAGAAAAACACUAUGGAUGUCUCUUUACCUGUUUAGUUACCAGAGCUGUCCACCUUGAGGUUGCUAAGUCGUUGGAGACUGACUCAUUUAUCAAGGCGCUGAAAAGAUUUAUUGCAAGAUCUGGGCCACCAUCAGACAUUUAUUCUGACAAUGGUACUAACUUUGUCGGAGCCGAUCGAGAGCUCAAGCGAAGUCUAGAAGAGUGGAACCAGUCUCAGAUCUCAGAUUACCUGUCUCAGAAGGAUAUUCAGUGGCACUUUAAUCCUCCUGCUUCCCCCCACUUUGGUGCGAUUUGGGAACGCUUGGUUCAGUCCUGUAAAAAAGCCCUCAAAAUGGUGCUUCAUGGUCAAGUAGUUACAGAUGAGGUUUUGGAAACUGCGUUUGUGGAAACAGAAGCUCUGGUAAACAGUAGACCUCUUACUGAAGUGAGCAGUGACAGUGGAUUUGAAGCAAUUACUCCGAAUCAUUUCCUUAUUUCUCGUGCUAAUCCAGUGCUGCUCUGUGGCGUAUUUUCUGACAAGGAAAUAUCAAGCAAGAAACUUUGGAGACAAGUACAAGUUAUGGUUGAUCAGGUUUGGCGCCGAUGGCUGAAAGAGUAUUUGCCUACCCUAACUGAAAGGAAAAGGUGGAAUUUGCCAUCGUACAACCUCGGUGUUGGUGAUUUGGUCUUGGUCUUGGAUGAGAAAACCCAAAGAUCUUUCCUUGGAAGGAUGACACAAUCCGUGUUUGUGAAGUGA